CGUGGCAGCCGCUGGAGCCGCCGCCGAGGACGAGCAGCGAGGCCGGCUGGGCACUUCCUGUGGAGGCCGCACGGGCGCGGGCGCCGAGCAGGCCGAGCGCCGAGCGAGCCAGCCAGCCAGCUAGCCCCCAAGUCCCCGCCGCCACCAUGGGCCAGAACGACCUGAUGGGCACGGCCGAGGACUUCGCCGACCAGUUCCUGCGUGUCACCAAGCAGUACCUACCGCAUGUGGCACGCCUCUGCCUCAUCAGCACCUUCCUGGAGGAUGGGAUCCGCAUGUGGUUCCAGUGGAGUGAGCAGCGAGACUACAUUGACAGCACCUGGAGCUGCGGCUACCUGCUGGCCUCCUCCUUUGUCUUCCUCAACCUGCUUGGGCAGCUUACUGGCUGUGUCCUGGUGCUGAGCAGGAACUUCGUGCAGUAUGCCUGCUUUGGACUCUUUGGGAUUAUAGCCUUGCAGACAAUUGCCUACAGCAUCUUAUGGGACUUGAAGUUCUUGAUGAGGAACCUGGCCCUGGGUGGAGGCUUGCUGCUGCUCUUGGCAGAGUCACGGUCAGAAGGGAAGAGCAUGUUCGCGGGCGUCCCCACCAUGCGGGAGAGCUCCCCCAAACAGUACAUGCAGCUGGGAGGCAGGGUCCUUCUGGUCCUGAUGUUCAUGACUCUGCUGCACUUUGACGCCAGCUUCUUCUCUAUCCUUCAGAACAUCGUGGGCACAGCUCUGAUGGUCUUAGUGGCUAUUGGCUUUAAAACCAAGCUGGCGGCUUUGACUCUCGUUGUCUGGCUCUUCAUCAUCAACGUGUAUUUCAACGCCUUCUGGACCAUUCCUGUCUAUAAGCCCAUGCACGACUUCCUCAAGUACGAUUUCUUCCAGACCAUGUCUGUGAUCGGAGGCUUGCUUCUGGUGGUGGCUCUGGGUCCCGGGGGCGUCUCCAUGGACGAGAAGAAGAAGGAGUGGUAACAGGCCCCAUCCCUGCAGGUGCGGGCCAUCAGGGCGGAUUCCACAAAACUGCCAGCGUUUAUGUACCCCCUUCCCCCGUCCCU